AUGGUGGGAUGUUUGUCGGCACUAAGUAUCGUUCCCGUCGAUCAAUUCUCAGCGCCUGCUGCUCGUAUGUGCCUGGUCAAGUCGGAACCAGUCGCAGAGGCAGUACCCAGCACAGAAGUUCAAACCGUCGAGGUCGAGGUCGUGCUCGUUGCUGAAGUGCCUGUUCCAAAAGUCCAAGAGGAAACUCCGAAGGCUCACGAAGAAGCUCCGAGCGCCGGCGAACAGGUUCCAAUCGCACAGUAG